AUGUUCGCUCUGCCUCAGAAGGAAUCCAAGGCACCUACCACCUGUCCAGGCCCAGCCUCCACACAGGACCUGGACAGUAACCAUGGGGAUGGUCUGGAAAGAGAAUGCUCUAGAAAACCAGACUGGAAGCUUCCAGAGUUCUGUGGAGUGGGUGAUCCUACCGCCACAGCGUCCUCUGACAGCUCCCACCUGUCCUCUAGAGGAAGCAUCAUUAAAUGGUUCUGGGACUCAGCUGAGGAGGGCUACCGGACCUACCACAUGGACGAGUAUGAUGAGGAUAAGAACCCCAGUGGCAUCAUUAACAUGGGCACCAGCGAGAACAAACUCUGCUUUGACCUGCUGUCCAGGCGGGUAAGUCCCGGUGCUCCUCUGGAGAUGCUGCCAAGCCUCGUACAAUGCCCAGGGUGGAGGGGGCACUGUAGCCUCCGGGAGGAAGUGGCCAGAUUCCUCUCUUUCUACUGCAAGAGCCCUGCACCCCUGAAACCAGAGAAUGUGGUGGUUCUGAACGGCUGUGCCUCUCUCUUCUCUGCUCUGGCCACAGUGCUGUGUGAGGUGGGGGAGGCGUUCCUGAUCCCUGCCCCUUACUAUGGAGCCAUCACACAGCACGUCUAUCUCUAUGGCGGCGUCCAACUGGUCUGUGUCUAUCUGGACAGUGAGGUCACUGGGCUGGACACACGCCCCUUCCAGCUCACAGUGGAGAAGCUGGAGAUGGCCCUGCAAAGAGCUAAUUUUGAGGGUGUGAAGGUCAAAGGCCUCAUCCUCAUCAACCCCCAGAACCCUCUGGGUGACAUCUACUCCCCAGGAGAGCUGCGGGACUACUUGGAAUUUGCCAAGAGGCACAAGCUGCACGUGAUGGUGGAUGAGGUCUACAUGCUGUCCGUGUUUGAGAAGUCGGCGGGGUACCACAGCGUCCUAAGCCUGGAAGGGUUGCCUGACCCCCAGAGGACCCAUGUAAUGUGGGCGACCAGCAAGGACUUCGGGAUGUCUGGGCUCCGCUUCGGCACGCUGUACACAGAGAACCGGGACGUGGCCACUGCGGUGGCUUCCCUCUGCCGCUAUCACGGCCUCAGUGGCUUGGUCCAGUACCAGAUGGCACAGCUGCUCCGGGACCAUGACUGGAUCAACCAGGUGUACCUACCUGAGAACCAUGCCCGGCUCAAGGCUGCCCACACCUAUGUCGCAGGAGAGCUCCGGGCCCUGGGGAUCCCCUUCCUCGGCCGUGGGGCAGGCUUCUUCAUCUGGGUUGACCUGAGGAAGUACCUGCCCGAGGCCACCUUUAAGGAGGAAAUGCUGCUUUGGCGCCGCUUUUUGGACAACAAGGUACUGCUGUCCUGCGGCAAAGCCUUCCAGUGUAAAGAGCCUGGCUGGUUCCGCUUGGUCUUCUCGGACAAGGCCCACCGGCUUUGCCUGGGGAUGCAGAGGGUCCGGCAGGUGCUGGAGGGCAAAUCCCAGGUGCCAGAUGACCCCGCUUCCUGUCAGAGCCAGGAGUCAGGGAACCAGCGCAGUGGCGGUGAGACUCCUCCAGCGGUGCUUUGA